GGGGGGGGGUAGGAGGAGAGAAUCGGUGAAACCAGGAGCUCAGUUCUCAAGUCCCGCUGUGCCCAGCUCACCAGGAUUCCUUUGAGAGGGGAGGGAAGAGGGGAGGGGGGAGGAAGGGGCUCUUUGGUACGCACUGGAGCAAGCUAGCUAUGGGGGAGCUGCAUUGGCACCCGACUUGGUAAACCAGGAAAAGUGGGGGCGAGGAUGAAAACAACCUAGGAGUAAGAGAGGCUCUUGUGAAGGGAAGCCACUGCCGCUGCUGCUGCUUUCUUCCCCCUCUUAAACACCCUCCCCCCUCACAUUGGCGUUCCCUCUCCCAGAUCUGGGCGCUUGGUACUGCCAGUCCCGUCUUCUCUUCGCAGGGGGCAGCCCGUGUGCCACUCUUGGGUCCAGCCGAAGAGCUUUGACUGUGUAGUGAAAGCCUGACCGGACGUCGAAUUGGGGGUAGUCUCGGAUUUGCCAACGAGAGGGGGACUGCUCUGCUUUAUCUUCUGAGACCGAAGGAAGGGGGGCGUUUUACUGGGUGUUGCACCAUAACGGGUCAGAUAUGCCUUUGUAUCCAAUUUUGGCGGAAGGAUAGCAGAGUGGAGGGUAACAGUGAGACUGACACGGGCUGUAGGGGAAGAGGGAGGCUUUGGGGGGAGGGGGGAGGGUCCAGGGAGGUAGUUCAGCCCUUAGCAGCUCAGCUAAUUUGCAGGUGGAGAAGGAAUAGGUUUUUGUUUUUGUUUUUUAAUGUUUUGUUUUUAUUGCAACUUGUGGGUGCAACUGAAGGGAGGGAGAAGUGAAGAAAAGAGGUGGAAGGUAAGGGGAAAUGAAGAGGAAAUAAGGGAGAAAAGAGCUUUAAUGGUACAAAGGUAAAUACUGGGCUUUCUGUUCUUGUAUGCAUUUCUCCUGCUGUUAAGUGUGGGAGAACAAUUCCCCCUCCCCCCUUUAGGACUCAAAUCAGAAAGAAGAAAUUUGUCCCAGGGGAGGUUCCAAGCCGUCGUACCUGAAGAGGAAAGGAAGAGGGAGGAGGGGGGGAACUGAGAGACUUAGGAUACCUGCUUGGGUGUCCUCCCUCCUCCCUUUCCUCUCCGUUUGCUUCUCCUCUCGUUUCCUACCCACCCCUCCCCCUUGUUGGUAUUGGUUUGCAGCGCUUCGCUCCUGCGCCUCCUUCCUUUUUGAAUCUGGCCCGCUCCCUCGUAUUAUGUCUGCGCUCCGCAGGAAAUUUGGGGACGAUUACCAGGUAGUGACCACCUCGUCCAGCAGUGCGGGCUUGCAGGGCCAGGGACCCCAACAGCAGCAGCAGCAGCAGCAGCAGCAGCUGGUCCCCAGGAAGAAGCGGCAGCGGUUUGUGGACAAGAACGGGAGGUGCAAUGUGCAGCACGGCAACCUGGGCAGUGAAACUAGCCGCUACCUCUCCGACCUCUUCACCACCCUGGUGGACCUCAAGUGGCGCUGGAACCUGUUCAUUUUCAUCCUCACUUACACCGUGGCGUGGCUCUUUAUGGCGUCCAUGUGGUGGGUGAUCGCCUACACCCGGGGAGACCUGAACAAAGCCCACGUCGGCAACUACACGCCCUGUGUGGCCAAUGUCUACAACUUCCCCUCUGCUUUUCUCUUCUUCAUCGAGACUGAAGCCACCAUAGGUUACGGUUACCGCUACAUCACCGACAAGUGCCCUGAGGGAAUCAUCCUCUUCCUCUUCCAGUCGAUCUUAGGUUCCAUCGUGGACGCCUUUCUGAUCGGCUGCAUGUUCAUUAAGAUGUCCCAGCCCAAGAAGCGGGCGGAGACCCUUAUGUUCAGCGAGCACUCGGUGAUCUCUAUGAGAGACGGGAAGCUGACUCUCAUGUUCAGAGUGGGCAACCUGCGAAACAGCCAUAUGGUCUCCGCUCAAAUCCGCUGCAAGCUGCUCAAAUCUCGACAGACACCUGAGGGUGAGUUCCUCCCCCUUGACCAACUUGAACUGGAUGUAGGUUUUAGUACAGGGGCAGAUCAACUUUUUCUUGUUUCCCCCCUCACAAUUUGCCACGUGAUCGAUGCCAAAAGCCCCUUCUAUGACCUAUCCCAGAGAAGCAUGCAAGCUGAACAGUUCGAGAUUGUCGUCAUCCUAGAAGGCAUUGUGGAAACAACUGGGAUGACCUGUCAAGCUCGGACUUCAUACACAGAAGAUGAAGUUCUUUGGGGUCACCGCUUUUUCCCUGUUAUUUCCUUAGAGGAAGGAUUCUUUAAAGUUGAUUAUUCCCAAUUCCAUGCAACCUUUGAAGUCCCUACUCCACCUUACAGUGUGAAAGAACAGGAGGAAAUGCUUCUCAUGUCCUCCCCUUUAAUAGCACCAGCCAUAACUAACACUAAAGAAAGGAAUAAUUCUGUGGAAUGUUUAGAUGGAAUAGAUGACAUUAGUACCAAACUCCCAUCAAAGUUGCAGAAAAUUACUGGAAGGGAAGACUUUCCCAAAAAACUCCUAAGAAUGAGUUCCACAACUUCAGAAAAGGCCUACAGUCUGGGAGAUUUACCCAUGAAACUUCAACGAAUAAGCUCAGUUCCUGGCAAUUCAGAAGAAAAACUGGUAUCUAAAACCACAAAGAUGUUGUCUGAUCCCAUAAGCCAAUCAGUGGCUGAUUUGCCACCAAAGCUUCAAAAGAUGUCAGGAGGUGCAGCCAGAAUGGAAGGAAACCUUCCAGCGAAAUUAAGAAAAAUGAACUCUGAUCGAUUCACAUAACAAGAGCAGACUUUUAGGCAUUAUUUAAAGUUGAAGUUAGUAAUAGUCCAAAUUUUGUCUGACAAAGUAAGCUUCUCCAUAGGACAGAUUGUGAAAAAGAUGGCAUUUCCCUGUAUUUUCCAUGUAUUCAUGGCAAUAUUGUUCCUCCCAGGUAAUGCUGACUAUGUUGAAAAUGGAAAUUGUAAUGGGGAAAAAUAAAAAAGAAUCCGAUAUUCUUAAUGGGCAUGUAGUAUCACAUCAAGCAUGCAAUAAUGUGCAAAUUUCACAUUUAGUUUUAUGGCAUGAUUCUUACUAUAUUUAUAUUGUACAUUCUGAAAAAUAUUUAAGGAGGUGUUACCCUCCCCUAUAUUUCUAAAGUGUAUAGUAGGCAAAAAUGAGUGGAUAGCUUUCAGGGCACAGUACAAUUUUAAGUUAACAUAUUUACAUAUAUGUAUGUGUACCCAUGAACACAUAUAUACAUGUACAUAUAUAAUUCCAAUAGAGAUUGUAUCGUUCUGUUCAAUAUAAUAGUCCUGCUGCAUGUUUACUUUCUUAGAAUGCUAAGGUUAUUGGCAUUACACAAUUACUAAACAGUUCCUUGAGCCUUAAAUUAUUUGUAAUCUUAAAUUUUGAUUCAAUGUUUGUUUAAGUUUAUCUGUCAUUUAGGAUCAUGGGAGGCUUUCAUUUAUCCUUUAUAAGAGUCAUUCAUAAAGUUUGUACUAUUUUAGGGCUGUGCAAAUGAUAACCCUUAUAGAAUCAAGUUUUUAAUUGCAAGGCACAAAUAUGCAGUGGUAUCACUAUAUAAAGUGUCUUUUAUGUUUUUUGUUUGUUUUUACAAAUGCUGUGAAAUGCUAAAAAUGAAGAAGUGUUGCUUGAUUUGAGCUGUCUGCAGGAUUUGGUCCCUUUUCUGGAAAAGUUAAAUUUGAUUUUUUAAAUAAUGAAAAGUUUUAAAUAA